AUAUCAGUUUUAUAAGGAAAUAGAUCAUAUUUCGAUUGGUUGGCAUGAUGCAAGAAAUAACUUGCUUCAACGCGAAGUAUGACGUCGACGAAAGCUUCUCCAAUGUCUGCUUUUACGCAAUCCCUAACAAAGCAAUGUAGGUCAUUAUCGUUAUAUUUUUUACAAAGUAAUAUCGUUACUUUACACAAAAACUUUAUAAAACCAUUAACAUUUUGAAAUUAAAAUAAAGCACCUAAAAAUAAAGUGUAAGUAAAAGUUAGACGGUUGUCUGAGGAACUACUUUGUUUUUCGGAGGGGCGAGCUGCGCCGCCAGACACGCCUGUGCGAACAGCUGAUCGGAGGACAACAAACCAGUGCCAGACUCGCAGGAACAAUGACGGAACCUGCCUCAACCUCCUCUGGCGCCCCAGCUGUGGCUGAAAAACGUUGUGAGGAGACGAAAGGAGAUGAAGUGACCUCAAAGAAACCUCGACUUGAGUCCUGUGAUCGCGAUGACACUGACAAUAAACUAGAGGCUCGCCUUGGUGGCAUUUUAUGCUGCGCUGUAUGUCUCGACCUCCCUCGGUCAGCAGUGUAUCAGUGUUCAAAUGGACAUCUCAUGUGUGCUGGAUGCUUCACCCAUCUCCUUGCUGAUGCCCGCAUUCGGGAUGAGACAGCCACAUGCCCCAACUGCCGUGUGGAAAUAUCUCGGUCCCUCGCCACAAGGAAUUUGGCGGUAGAGAAAGCUGUAUCAGAGCUGCCAGCAGAAUGUCAGUUUUGUGGACAGAAGUAUCCUCGAAAUUCCCUCGAUCGCCAUGAGGUAGAACUUUGUGAAGAAAGGCCAGUGCGAUGCCAGUACAAUGUCCUGGGUUGUGGAUGGCGCGGGCCACAUCAUGAUGUCAGCAGUCAUGAGCAACAGUGUCAACAACCCACUCAUACUGGAGCACAGGUGUUUUCACACCUGCAAAGACAGUCAGAAACUGCAGAGGAGGCCUCCAAGACCUUCAAUCAAAUCAUGUCUGUACUUUCAUUUGAAAAGAUCACUUUUAAUGAUUUGCAGCUGAAACCUUACCGGACAGAUGAGUUUAUCCACAAGCUGUUCUAUGAAACAAGUCGGUUCUCGGCUCUCGGCUAUCAAUGGGUGAUCAAAGCGCGGCUCAAUGACAACCAGAAGGAUCCACACCUGACGUGUAACAGAUUCAUCACAUACCAGUUGAUUGUGAAGAGUAAACCCAGCAAUCCCAUGAUGGUGCACUUCAUGAUCUUACGAGGACCAUUUGGAGACAUGCGAGUUGAUCCUCACAUAUGUCAGUUUGAAUUCACUGAGAAUGGCACCGAAAGUCCCUUUUUUGCCUUGCCAUUGCCUGAUAGUGCCGAAUGUAAUAAACUUCUGGCUGCACGCAUCAUUGAUUUCCGGUUGAUGAUGGGGAUGGUGACCAAGUAAAAGUUGAGGGUGUUUCGGUGUGGCACACAGCACCACCAUUGUAGGAAGUUGUCCACUACUCGUGCUAUUGGAAAAACUCAUCUUCACCUAACACGUGUACGCUCAAUUUCUCCCAACAUUUUAAUUUACUGAUAUAUUUGUUUUGUUUAAGUUUUAAAACAUCAUGGUUUUUGUAAAACCAACUAAAAUUUUAUAUAUAUAUAUAUAUUUCAUGUAGAUCCACAAUGAAAACGUGGAUAAGAUAAAUCUUGAUAAAAUCACACGGGAAAAGGGAAACAAUGGAGCA